AUGAUGCAGACCCCCGUCCGACGGCCCAACGACUACCCUGCCUACAAGAGCCCCUACGGACCCAAGUACCACUACCAACCGAACCUCGCAGGAUGGACCCCGAAGCAGCUCGGUAGACUUGGUUUCACGACCGGUGCCACUGGUGGUGUCCUCCUGUUCGCCGUUAUCUUCUACGCAUCCGGCAUUCCCCGAGUACAGAAGGACAUCCUCAUGAAGAUUCCCUUCCUCAGCAACUACUACGUCAAGGAGGUGCCCGCUUCGGACAACCCAUUCUAA